CACUACUGCUUUCACCGUCUUCUUCGUCCCGCCCCAAAUACACAGUUUCGAGCUUUGGAACCUAAACCCCACUCAACGAUGGCUUCCUCAAUCGCCCUGAGAAGAGCCACCGCCACCGCGUUCGGCCGCAUCCUGCUGAAAGCCACUUCUGCCGUCAUCACUCCUUCCGCCUACACUCGCUCCUUCGCCACCAACCCCGACAACAUGACGUCCUCUCCCACCGACGACGACGACGACGACGUCCCCAAGUACCCUAGCCUGGUAAUGAUUUACGACUAUUGCCGACUCUAUCUGAAAAAUUAUUGUCUCUUCUCGUCAAAACUCGCUCUCGGCUCAACCCGACGUCCUAUUCCACCGCCUCCGACGAUGACGCGGACAACAUCCCUGUUGUUAUUCAAGUUGAUCAGAAAUAUAAGACACUGUUUAAGGUGGAAAACCCGUUCCAAACGGACGGGCCUUUAAAGCAAGUGGAGAUGGACUAGGUAAGGGAUGGUACACUGGUAAGGAUGACAAUGCCUGGUGUGGGUCAAGAUGGAUUGAAGGUCUGGGUUAUGGAUAACUCCAUGUUUUUUUCGGGAGAGGGCGAGAUCGAGCUCCUAGGCAAGGAUAGCGGGAGAAGUUACAACGGAAGCAUUGAAUUUGACCCAAAGUUUAACAGGGCUGCUGGGGUCAAGGCCGACAUUGCCAACGGUGUUUUAAGACUGUUGGUUCCGUAUGCUAAGGGUGGAGAGAAGAAGAAGGACGGGUAUGAACGUGUGGUGAAUUUAUAGUUCUCCCACAUUUGAAUCUGUAAAGUUUUGGUUCGUUAAGAGCACGUCCUUAAGUAUGGACCUUUUCAGGGUGUUGGGCUAUUGCUGUCUCAAUGGGUCUGAGAUGAAGUAGGAUUACAUUAGUCACUUAGGAUUUCGAACUUGGUUUUAGGGAUGGUAUUUCCCGAUGUUGAACUGCUUAAUUGUAUUACUAUAAGUCAUUUUCAAUCCUACUUGAUGGAAGUGGGAAUUUUGAUUUUGCACACUCCGAAUUUCAAUUUCUCCCGCAUUUGCAUUUGCUAAGUUUUCGAGUAGUU